UGGCAGCAAAAAAUUAAGAUACUUUGUAGCUUGAAGUCUGCAAACUGUUUCGAAACUUCGACAGUUCUUAUCGGUACAUCUUUGAAUUCGGUUCACUUCCCAAAGUUAAAUCGCGAUUUUUUGCCCACAUUUUGUAUCGAAAUAUGGAAAAGGAUCCAUUGCAUAAUGACUCAAGUCCUAAAAUUGUCGCGAAGCCUAAAAAGAUUGAUCGUUCGGGAUCGGUGGAAGUCGCUGAUACUUUAACCUACACUCAUACGCUUAUGUAUGGAAAAUACGCGGAGGAUUUGAGUGAUUAUGCAAAGGACGAAUCAAAGCGACUUAAGCUUUAUGAAAAACGCCAGCGAGCAGAAGAUAAGCGGUUCGAACGGGAGCGACUGAAAUAUAAUCGAUCUUUAAUGUGUCGAGGAUUUUACUGGCUCCUUGAUCAUACUUUAUCACGUUUUGGAGAAGAAUGGAUCUUCUUAGCUCUUCUCGGUAUUAUUAUGGCUUUCAUUUCAUUCGGAGUAGACUUGGGAGUGAAUAUCUGCACAAAUGGCCGAAUGUUUCUUUACCGUGAUAUCUUCAAUUCUUCGAUUCUACUACAAUUUGUAGCCUGGAUUGUUCCGUCAAUUUGUUUGGUCCUUUUUGCCUGUGGAUUCACACAUUUAGUUGCUCCUCAAGCUGUGGGUUCUGGAAUACCUGAAAUGAAAACGAUUUUGCGUGGAGUUGUUCUCAAAGAAUACCUAACUUUCAAGACACUUUUGGUCAAAGUUAUCGGUCUAACAGCGGCUUUGGGAGCUGGAAUUCCAAUUGGCAAAGAAGGACCUUUUGUGCAUAUCGCGAGCAUCGUUGCAACUUUAUUGUCUAAACUUAGAUUCCACAGGAUCUAUGAAAAUAAAUCACGUUACACUGAGAUGUUAUCAGUAGCCUGUGCCGUAGGAAUUGGAGCAUGUUUCGCUGCUCCCAUUGGAGGAGUCUUAUUUAGUAUUGAAGCCACAACCACUUACUUUGCUGUGCGAAAUUGUUGGCGUGGUUUCUUUUCGGCUUUUUGUGGAUCUUCGGUGUUUCUUUUGAUGGCAGUGUGGUUUCAAAAUGCCGACACAGUUAAGCCACUUUUUCUUACCAACUUUACUUCCGAAUUUCCAUUUGCACCUCAGGAAUUAUUUGUCUAUUCUUUAAUGGGAGUUAUUUGUGGAUUUUUAGGAGCUGGUUACGUGUGGUUGCAUCGCUGGUAUGUUACUUACAUCAGAACGAAUAAGACAAUCAACAAUUUUCUCCAGAAAAAUCGAUUCCUGUAUCCGACAAUCAUAGCUUUUAUCGUAGCGACUAUAUCGUUUCCUCUUGGUACUGGUCAAUUUUUCGGAUCGGAACUGAGCACUCAUGAACAGCUCACCGAAUUAUUUAGCAAUUUUACUUGGUCCGGUGAUGAUCCAACAGUUGGUCAAGCGAAUAUUAUUUCCCACUGGAAGACUCCGGGAGGAAGUAUCUUCCUGAAUUUGACUUGCUAUGUCCUCUUCACUUACAUCUUCUCAAUAAUUUGUUACACUCUUCCCUUACCAUCAGGAUCUUUCAUUCCUGUCUUCAAAAUUGGAGCUGGUUUUGGGCGAUUAUUUGGAGAGUUGAUGCACAUUAUCUUCCCGCAAGGCGUUUGGUAUGGUGGGAUCUUGUCAUCGAUCAUUCCUGGAGGUUAUGCUGUGGUUGGAGCUGCUGCCUUCUCUAGUGCUGUUACACACACAGUCUCUGAGGCGGUCAUUAUUUUCGAAAUUACUGGCCAAGUGACUCAUGUGGUUCCAGUGAUGGUAGCAUCGCUAAUAGCCAAUGCUGUUGCUGAAAUGCUUCAACCUUCGAUGUAUGACAGUAUGAUCCUCAUUAAAAAACUGCCAUACCUUCCGGACCUUUUGCCAACAAGUUCGCGAAUGUAUAGCACAAUGGUUGAUGAUUUCAUGCAGCGAGAUGUCAAAUUUAUUUGGCCGGAAAUGACUUACCAGGAACUCAAGGACUUACUUGUUAAAAACCGUCAUAUUCGUGGUUGGCCUUUGGUUGAUACUCCGGAAAAUAUGAUACUUUUAGGAUCGAUUCAAAAAGCUGAGCUUUUGGGAAUGGUUCAGAGGCAAAUAUGUAAGGAAAAACGCCAAAAUAUAGCUCAUGAUAGAUACAAAAUGGCUGAAGAACAAGCUUUGGAAAAAGAAAAAUUGGAGUAUGAGGAAAAACUUUUGCAUGAGCGUCGUCGAUCAUCAAGAUUUGAAGUUACUCCAGCUCUAGAUAUACUUGAUCUAGAAUCAGCUAAAAAGUCUACCGAAGAACUCAGUGAUAGUACGACACUCGAGACUCCCAAAUCAAUUUUGAAAAAAUCCACUUCAUUCACAUUGAGCCCAUCGAAUGAAUAUAAAUCGGACAAUGAACGACGCCUUCAAGAUAUCUUCAACAAGUCCCACUUUUUACAAGAUAUUGAAAAAGGUCUUCACAAAUCUUCUACUAGCAGCGGAAGUUUAAAAAAAGUUCAUGUUUCACACGAUACUUUGAUGGAUAUGUCACCGGAAGAUAGAAAACUAUGGGAGUGUGAGGAAAUGGCUAAAGUUAUUAAUUUUGAAGAACAUAAUGUUUGCAUUGAUCCAUCACCUUUCCAGCUUGUCGAACGGACUAAUAUUAGUAAAGUUCAUACUCUGUUUAAUAUGGUUGGAAUAAAUCAUGCGUAUGUGACGAAAAUUGGUCGACUUGUUGGUGUUGUGGGUUUGACAGAACUCCGAAAAGCUAUAGAAGAUAUUAAUAGUAAUUCUUUUGCAAUGCAAUCGGAUUCAGAUGAGAAGUGUGUUGAAUCGAAACCUUUAUUGAUUAUUGAGAAAAAUGGAAAGAAUCCAACAGUUAUGGUUAUUCCGUCGGAGCUUGGUUCAGAUAGUGAGACAGAUUCGAAAACAGCAUUAAGUCCUUAUUAAAAAGAUAGUUAUUAAAUAAAGAUUCGAGUGUAACUAUCGAAAUUAGUUUUAAGAUACCAAAUAAUUAUUAUUUAAAUAAUAGUUGAAGACGAAAGUGAUAAUAAAAUAUUAUAUAUGCGAUACUAUAUUAAAAUUCUACAUAAAUAAAUGUUUUAAUUAUUUUUUUUACGACUGAAAAGACUGAAGAUCUGGAAAUCUCUUAAUUGGAAAUUUGCAAGGUUAUCUUGAGGUAAGCUUAAGCUGUGUCCAUUGAUAAUCAGAGAGAUUUCAAGUUGCUAAAAUUUUUAGGACUAAAAUUUGGUAAGAAGUAAGUAAGUUCUUCAAAGGUAAAAAAAAUUCCAUAGGUAAACACAUUCCCAUAGUUUUCUAUCUUAGAUAAAAUCGAACUCCAAAAAAUUUUUAUUUUUUUUUAUUAAAAUGCAGUUUUAGAAAAAAAUGUGUUUUCAAAAAUUAG